AUUUUGUGGAGGAGAAACAAAAAGCAAUCUCCUUGUUUUGCUCAUAUUCGAUUUGGGUUUCUUUGAAAGUUAUCCAAAACCAGAAACAAAAAAAAGAAAGAGAGAGUUAUGAUCUUGAGUUCUUAGGGAGAUCAUUGAAGAGAAAGUUCUUGUUUGGGUUGCGAAGGUUUCUUUUGAAAUGGUUUUGAUGUCUGAGAUUUUCUUGGCUGAAGAAGAGAAGGUUGAAGGAAAGUGGGAGAAAGAGAGAUAACACAUACAAGGCCAGAGUGGCACAAGUAGAGAGGAAAAGAAAAAAGUGAUUCGGCUUUUUUCGUCUGUUGAGGCUAUAGACAAUGUCUGCAACAAUACUGAGCGACCCAAUGCUAAUAUCAGCCCCGGAAACACAAUCAGCAGCAGCUGCCAAACUCAUCAACCAAAGCGAAGUCGAAUCCGCCAUAUGCGACUGCUGUGGGCUAACAGAGGAGUGCACGCCGGCCUACAUAGCGCGCAUCCGGGAGCGCUACCACGGCAAAUGGAUAUGCGGGCUAUGCUCUGAGGCCAUAAAGGACGAGAUUAUAAGGUCCGAAAGGCUAAUUAGCACCGAAGAAGCAAUGGCCAAGCACAUGAACUUCUUUAAAAAAUUCAAGUCCUCAGAGCCGCCUCCCGAUCCCACAGUGCAUUUGAUUGCGGCCAUGAGACAGAUUCUUAGACGCAGCUUGGAUUCUCCGAGGGGAAUAAGGUCUACGCCGACCAGUCCGGUGAAAAGCGACCAGGAAAUUCACGGCCAGGGUCUUACCAGGUCCGGCAGUUGUAUUCCCAGUCUGUCUGGUCCGUGAAGGUUAAAAUAGAGAUGAACAUGGGGAAUAUACGUUUAAUUUGCUGCAAAAUAAAAAAUCCAAAAGAAAAAGAAAGAAAAAGGUCAAAUAAUUGUUGUAGUUAUCAAGUAUAUAACUUUCUUUCUCAAAAUUUUCAUCCGAAAAAGUACAU